AUGCAGCCGCUUGCCGCUCGCGCCGAAGAGCCCCCGGUCCUGCUUCGACGGGAUUCUGGCGGCGUCGCCACCCUGACCCUCAAUCGGCCCAAGGCCUAUAACGCCCUGUCCGAAGAGCUGCUGGCGGCCUUGACUGAGGAAUUGGGCCGGAUCGCGAAGGACGACAGUCAGCGCGUCGUGGUGAUCGAGAGCGCCGGCAAGGCCUUCUGUCCUGGGCACGACCUCAAGCAGAUGCGCGCAACACCGGAGGAAGGCUACUAUCGCCGGCUGUUCUCGGCCUGCAGUGAGAUGAUGCUGGCCAUCGUCCAUCUGCCGCAGCCGGUCAUCGCCAAGGUGCACGGUCUCGCGACGGCGGCCGGUUGCCAGUUGGUCGCCACCUGCGAUCUCGCCGUCGCAACGCGGGAGGCCCGCUUCGCGACAAGCGGAAUCAACGCCGGCCUCUUCUGCUCGACACCCGCCGUCGCGCUGAGCCGCAACGUUCCCGCCAAGCCGGCCUUCGAGAUGCUGGUGACGGGCGAUUUCAUCGAUGCGGAGCAGGCCCGGCAGUGGGGUUUGGUCAACCGUGUCGUCCCGGCGGAGCAACUGGAUGCCGCGGUCGAGGAGAUGACCGAACAAAUCAUCGCGAAGUCCGCCGUCGCCGUACGUAUGGGUAAGGAGAUGUUCUAUCGGCAGCGCGAGAAGACCCUGACGGACGCCUACGCCUAUGCGGCCGACGUGAUGGCCUGCAACAUGAUGGCCGAGGACGCCGGCGAAGGCCUGGACGCCUUCAUAGAAAAGCGCCAUCCCGUCUGGAAAAACCGCUGA